AGUUGCGUCGCUAACCUCACUUAUUAUUCAUUACGUACAGUCUUGCGAGCAAAGUUGACACACAUUUAUAAGCAUAGCCGACGAGAGUAUUUUAAGAUAGGUUGUAGUACAGCAAACAUUUGUUACAUAUGUACUAGUCUAGCUAUAUAUCUAGCACCAAUGGAUCGUUUUGUAGUGAGGAAAGUGCCAGAGGGACAGGCUGCCAUGACAGAGGGUCAGGCUGCCACGACAGAGGGACAGGCCGCCACGAUAGGGCAAGGACAGGCUUCCGAAGCGUCAACUUCGCAAAAAAGACGAAAAAGAAAAUACAAUGAGGAAUAUGUUAAAUAUGGAUUCACAGUGACGACAGACAGAGCAGGAGAGGAGGUACCACUGUGUUUCGUAUGUUCAACAAUUCUCUGUAAUGAAGCUAUGAAGCCGUCGAAACUUACGCGGCAUAUGGAGACGCAUCACGUCCACUUGAAGGCCAAACCCGUUGAGUACAUGCAACAGAUGUUGCGUGAUUUCAAAGGACAGCAGGCUACCAUGAGGAAGAGUGCAAAAAUAAAUGAAAACGCACUGAAAGCAUCGUAUCUGGUCGCUCUCAGGGUUGCAAAAAGUAAGAAGCCCCAUACCAUUGCAGAGCAGCUUAUAUUGCCAGCAGCCAUAGAUAUGUGCAGAGCUAUGGUAAGCGAAGAAUGUGCCAACAAAUUAAAAACUAUUCCGUUGUCAGACAACACAAUCGGAAGACGAAUUGGGGAAAUGGCAAAUGAUGUCAAAGACCAGCUGAUGGCAAAACUUCAGACAGUUCUGUUUUCCCUUCAAAUCGACGAGACGACAGAUGUUACUAAUGAUGCGCAACUGUUAACAUUUGUGCGAUACGAGGACAGUGGCACUAUGUGCGAGGAAUUUCUUUUUUGCAAACCACUGCCCGGGCGAACUACCGGUGUAGAAAUAUUUAAAGCACUGGACGAUUUUUUCACGGAGCACAAUAUCUCGUGGCAGAGGUGCGUUGCAUUAUGCAGCGAUGGGGCCCGAGCCAUGAGUGGCAGCAAGACUGGACUGUUUGCGCAUGUAAGGAGGGUGGCUCCGGGGGUAAUUUGGACACACUGCCUGAUUCAUAGAGAGGCUCUCGCCUCCAAAGAUCUCAGUGUUGAGCUCAGUGGUGUGUUUGAUGUCGUUGUCAAGACGGUCAACUUCAUAAAACGAAACGCAUUGAAUACACGCCUGUUUUCAUCCCUAUGCCAUGACUUGGGAAGUGAACACAGCUCUCUCCUUUAUCAUUCAGAGGUGCGUUGGCUGUCUCGCGGCGCUGUGCUCGCCCGUGUGUUUGAACUACGCGGAGCUAUCUACGAGUUCUUGUGCGAGAAGCAUUCUGAUCUGGCUUCCAAUUUCAACGAUAGUUACUGGUUAACUAAGCUGGCGUACCUCACAGAUGUUUUUGCAGAGCUGAACAAGUUGAACAGCUCCAUGCAAGGGAGAGAUGCAAACGUCAUGCAGCUCUACGAGAAGCUCGACGCAUUUGUGAAAAAAAUGUCAAAGUGGAUCGAACGAGUGGAGAGCAAUAACUUGGCGAUGUUUCCUUCAGUUGAGGAAUACCCUGACAGCACUGACAUCAACGACACUAUAUGUGAGCAUUUGAGGAAGCUUGUGCGUCAAUUCGCAAAGUACUUCACUGAUUCGGAAGAGUGGCGCCGUGACAGCAAGUGGAUCCUGCUCCCAUUCAGUGACGAUGCAUCAGUAGGGUCAAGUCUGACGGCUGUGGAAGAGGAUAAGCUGAUUGAGAUGUCCACAGACUCUGUCAGGAGGCAUAUGUACGACACACAGCCCCUUGUUAAAUUCUGGAUAAGUUGCCAGACAGAAUUUCCACAGCUUGCUGCAAAAGCAAUGAGGUGUCUUUUGCCCUUUCCAACCACAUACCUGUGUGAGAGUGGUUUUUCUACACUGGCGUACUUAAAGAAUAAGUACAGGGCUAGGCUUGAUCCAGAGAAUGACAUGAGACUGUGUCUGUCUACCAUUUCGCCACGAAUAGACAGGCUGUGUGGACUUCACCACGCCCAGAUAUCACACUGACAGCAGGUGAUUGGUGACAGGUCUGUCCUGGCUGGGUUAUAAAAGCCCUGACCAGCCAGCAGUUGAGGCUGCCUUGGUCUUCAUUUGUUGGAUUUUGGUUCUCCGGUGUUGUUGGAUUUUUGUUCUCCGUUGUUGUUUUGUCACACACCUAGACUGACUUUGCAUGACAUUUUUAGUUACUUUUCCCAAUACUGAAUUGCACAACACUUUAUUAUUCUUUAUUCUUUCUUUAAAAUAAUCUUUAAUUUAAUUUAAUUUAAUAAAUCUACUUUUAUUAUUAUAAAAUCUGCGUGGCCUCUCUUUCAUGUUUCAUGCAUUGAGCUAUGCAUGUAACACCAAAUACACACGCGCACGCGCAGGCACAUCAGUGGGCCGCGGAUUGCUUUCUAGUCCGAAUGGUGGUCCCUGGGACAAAACCAGUU